AUGUCUCCUACAGUCCCCACCCAUGCAGUCUACUCCGUUUUCCCGCAGCACGCUCUCGAUGGAGUCCCUGACCACAAGAUCCACGGCCGUCUUCAUCCCGCCAUCGUCGGCCUCCUUACCGCCGCCUGCAUGCUCUCGCUUUUCGUCGCCAUCUUCUUCGUCGUCCGCCGCGGAAUGCGUUCAGUUAAGGAGCACGACGAGAACGCGCGCAUCGACCGCGAGCGCAUGGCCAGUAUCAAGGCUGUUGGAGGACUCGACCGCAUCUACGAGCUCGCCAACCAGGGCGACACCAGGAUGCUGAACGAGUUCGUCCUCUCGAAGGCUCAGAGGGAGAAUGCGGGAGUCCAGAGAACCUUUAAGGCUAUCACGGUCGUCGCUGCCGACGGCAAGAUGGUUACAGUCCAGCAUCCGGUUCGUCGCGAUUUGAAGGCCGAGGAGGAGGCCCAGAAGCUUGUGAGGAAGGCCUCAAAGAAGUCGGGAAGUCAUCCUUCUUUGACCAAGGGAUAAAAAGGCUGUCUACUACGCAGCUGAGGGGUGUAAACGGCGACAGUUCCUCCAUAGCAUACGAAGGAGCGCCUGUAGGCCGCCGAUUCUCCAGAUACG